AUUUGUUGUUUGCCAGCAGAAAGCGUUGGAUGUGCUGGACCGACGGCAUGACGCAAACGUUAAAAUCUAAAUGGAUACAACCCUUUCGAUUAGAUAAACAUUGUUAAAAGAGUGAUAGAGAAAUUUUGAAUAUAUAAUUCAAUAAAAAAAAACUAGAAAAAUGAAGAAGAUGCCAAAGGUGAAAUUACCCAAAAAGACGAUGAUAACCUAUGGGCAAGAGGCGGCAAAGAGAGAUAGCAUAGCCUUUGUCAUCGGUCUUUUUCUGAUUUACGUUGGGACCCUCCUAGUUGGACUUGGAUUUAGAAUAGAAGGUCUUAACAAAACAGUAAAGGUAGCGUUUAUCUCUGGUGGAUUUACAGCCAUUGGGGUCGGCUUGUUCAUGCUUGUUUUAGUCAUUAUAUUUAUGAAACCUGUUAGUGCUACAAGGGAAGAGCAACCUAUAACACCGCCUCAUCGGAACCGUAACGGCCGCCAAGUAAAAAUUUCACAUCAAUCAAAGUCGCAGGUUCGACAGAAAGAUACUGCAAAAGCGAAAGUUACCUCUGUUAAAAUUGAUAGAAAUCGUUACGCUUAUGAAAACCCAUUACUCAUGUUCGUUGUAUUAAUUCUAUUUUGA